CUUUACCACUUCCGUCGGAGAAAGUUCCUGGUUUGAAAAUAGGUGAGAAUAGUGAGUUUCCAAGACAUAGCUUACAUAAAUAAUUGAUUUGAUAGGGGCGAUCAACUACAAAGGAACUAUUUGGAAUGGAUGGCUACAAAUGAAAACAUCACAUCGCGCGAAUCUUUCUCUGUCUUGCUAUGCAAGUCUUUGACUGAACACCAGGAGGGCCUACAUUUUGGGGAAAAUGUGCAGUACAGGCACAAGUGGGGUGCCCCUGAACCCCCCUGUAGCCAGAAACCACAACAACAGCCCUGGAAACUCAGGUUCCCAGUAUGCCUUGUGUGCCCUGGGGGUGGGGCUGGUGGCCCUGGGCAUCGUCAUGAUUGUGUGGAGUGUGGUGCCCUCCAACACGGCCGGGAACAACAGCGGUGGCACUGGAGGAGGGAACCCCAAACCAGACAACAGGGGCAGGGCUUCGUCGGUGGCCUUUGUGCUGGUCGGGGCUGGGGUGGCCAUGCUCAUGCUGUCCCUGUGCCUGGGGAUGAGGAACAAGCAGCGGGAGCAAGCUCUUCAAGAGGCCCAGACUCUGGGGGCAGACAACGUAGCUGCCAGUGAGGAGGACGGAGAGACGGCCGAGGAGCGAACCCAGAGGUACACCGUGCCCAGCUACGAGGAGGCAGUGGGCAGCGGCCAGUGUCCCAUACGCCAGAGCCACCUGCUCCACAGCUCCUCCCAGCUUCCUUCCUACGACGACCUGGUGGACGGUGUGCAGAUAGAGGUCGAAGGAUCAGCGGUCACUCAGAUGACAGCCACUUCCGCUAACCCUGCCUCCUCUGCUGCUGCGCCUAACCACCGCACUAGGCGAACAGGCCUCAAUCUCCUUCCCCUUAAAAUUCAGAGGAUUAAAUCAGAGAAGAUCCAUAUGAAGAAUACGGAUAACUCUCAGCCGCCGGGAGGGAUGAGUAUUGAGCCGCUUACUCCACCACCAAUGUAUGAGGACAAAGUGCCCCAGCUCUGAGACCUGGUGCCCUCUAGGUAUCAAAGCAGGGUACUGCAUCCUCUGUGGCCCGCUAUGGGUGGACAUCUGCUACAAUAGAUGUAAUCAGAUGGCCCCUUGUCAUGCAUCUGUGGCUAAAUGAUCUCGAUGGCACUUGUCAUGCUUACCUGGCUUUUUUUAGACCUGACACUCAAGGGGAGUGAGCAGAGAGCACAGUUCCAAACGUGGGGACUUUGGGUCAACACUGUUGCUGGACAGAGAGCACACUUCUGUUUUUAGACAGACAUUGAAUCUUACAGGGUCAUUGAAGCUCGGGUUCAAAGGAUCAAUAUGAUUGGGAAAAAUACUCGCUCAAUGUCUUAGAUGCCUUUUGAUUACUUUUACAAUGAGCCCUGUUCCAAAUCUCAUUUGUAUAUGCAGCGGACCAUAUUUUUUUAUACUCCUACUGAUUUAAUUUCAAGUUCCAUCUUCAUCCUCUCAGUCAAGUCAGCCAUCAAUGGUGAGCUAAAUGUAUUAUUAUUCAUGUUCAAGUUUUUGUAUUCUGUACAGCUACUUAGACAGCUGCUCCUUGGAAUUUUGAAGUAUUAUUUGGCGACUGAAUUAAUGGCUUUGCACAGACAGUGUUUGUGCGUUGCGGCCUGUGUUGCUUAUCAAUACAGGAUAAUUGAGAAAGAGACUGAGGCUCAUUGAUAGUUGGAAGCCUUUGCCCUGUAGCCACGGCGAAAUGGGUUUGGGCUCUGAAGGCAGUAGUGUAGUCCAGCUUUUUUAAUUAGCUGUUUUAUGCUCAAUGGAGGACACAAGUGACUCUUUCCCUGAGCAGCUGGGAUAAUGGCACCCAUUGCUCACUCACGCAUCACUCUUGAACUAUACAGCAAUACCAGCUCCUUGACUGGCAGCACUGUUUUCAUUAGGAUUAUUCAGAGGAUUAAGUUGUUGCGGUGUCCAAGGUUUGACCCCAUUUUGUUUAGUGGAGCAAGAAGACGUCAGUGCCUUUUAUCUCUCUAGUCUAUUUGUUUCAUGCUUACCAGACUAUGGAAGUUAGCAAAUCAAUGCAGUAAUCGGAUAUCCAGAAUGUUAUUUUAUCAUAUGGAUGCUAUUUUCUUGAUUUGAUGUCAUGUUGAUGACCCUGUUCAGCAACUACUCAACUACAUUUACUGAAGGUGGGAACUCAAACAAUACUUCUUGGCAUAAGUAAACAGUUGCUAAACUAGCAUAUGCAUACCGAUGCACACAGAAUAAGCGUUUUUUUUUUAAGAGGAAACUUUUAAAUGCUGAAUUACUAGUUUCUAAAUGUAAAAUAGCACCUCAUGUAUAUUUAGAUUUUUAUAGGCUCUGAAUACAGUCUGUUCUUUCAAUAUUGUUGAUACUCUGUAGUUGUCACGCCUAUGCAAUGCUUUCUGUACCUCUGUGUAUGUGAGACCAUUUUUUACUGUGAGGAAUCAGUGGCUUAUUACUUCCAUUUUCUGUACUCUAAGGGACACUACACUCUAAAAGGAACGUUUGUCAGGCUAACACUUUUCAAACCUCAAAAGUGGUCUUCUGUUGAAAGAAGUCUACGUCCCCACACUAUGGGUUUCAUAGAUCCAAGGAUAUGUCACAACCUCAAGUGAAUGGAAAAGAUGAGCACCCAAAAUGCUUAUGUUUUUGAAUGGAAAUGGUGCUAAACUUUCCCAUUCCUAAACGGAUCAGAACCAAGACGAGCACCAAUGGAGCUUAAUUAAUAAACAGAUUUAUGAAUGAACAAUUAUGGGUUGUGAUCUGGACUUUUCCAUUCAUUUGGGGACGAUAUCUGUAUCUACACAAUCAAUGGUGUUGGACAUGGAUCCAUCUUCACAUUAGGCUUGUUUUGAGGUAUAAAAACACCCGACAACUUUGUGGAACAUAAACAUGGUCAGACUGUUCUCAUUAGUUCAAUGGACUUUUCUCUCAACCAGGUGUGUGUGUGACUUUUAUUACGAUAAUUUCAAAGACCAUUAUUUGUACUGGAAACUACAUGAUUGGCUUAUAUAAUUAAUACCCUUUUGUAUGUAUCUGAAAGUAUGUUUUUGUAAGAGAGGAAUUCUGUCUAGUGUUUUUGUUGACUUCAAGAUGAUGCAUUCUUGUUGUGGACACUAAAGGAGCGGAGUCUGAAAAUUGUGAGAAAUAAAAGGAAAUGUUUGUAUUCUGA